AUGCGACACAACCCUUUGCGAAAGGCCAUCCAGUCCGUGACUCCAUUUUCCUGCCGUUCGGACACAGACGGAAGAAAAGCCUGUCGCAGUCUUGCGCGCUUGCCCCUACAUCUUCUACGAGAAGCCUCCGGUGUCAGCGAACUCGCCACACGUCUAUUUUAUUUUCACGUCUGGAGCCGUGCUUUCGGUUUUCUCUACCGCAGGAAGAUCAACGCACGGAAAAUACUCGGCCGGCCUGACGCUGGGUCGUUCGUGAAAUUCUUCCAGCCGCGCUCCAUAAAAAAAUUCACACGGUCGUGUGUGUCGUUUGACAACUCCCCCGACGGAAGUUGUGUUGGCUGGAAGUUGUUCGAGCGGUCUCGAGUUUCGCGAUUGAAGAAAUGGGACUGCGAAGAACAUUUGCUUGAUUGUCGUUUGGAUUUCAUGAUCCUACGUCGAUUACUCGGAACGGAGACAUCCGUUCCGUUGAAAGGGUCUUCAUGGUCGUAUCGCCGUUCAUCGAUCCCGACUGGUUUCGCUGUAGUUCCUCGGAAAUCCAACGGUACCGGAAACGGUGCUACGGAAGAUUGUUGCUCCAAGUGCUGGAGUGGGUUACAGAAGAAGCAGGGAAAUGCGUCGUCGCCGACCUUGUGUGCACCAGUCAAUCCCAUGAUUGCGGAGGAAUCGCAACCAAUGGAACUUGACACUACGCCUGUCGUCGUGGAAGAAGUCAAACCGGUCGUUGUGGAUACGCCCAAGAAGAAAAAGAAGGCUAGCUACAAAUCAAUGAUGAAAGCCAUGACAAAGACCGAUCCGGAACGAGACGUGGAGAAAGACAAGGAGGCACUUCGCAAGGUGACUGGGGGUGGAGCUUUUACCAAGAUUGAUAAGAUUUAAAGUACCCUUUGGUGAAACUUGUUUCUCGAUU